AUGGCUACCUUGAAUCCUGCCGCUAAUCAGCUAAAGCCUCUUAGUAGAGCCCACACAAUGCACUCCAUGCAAGUACCAGUCGAUGAAAAUAAAUUCACCGGAAAGUCAACCAUGUUGGGUGCCGACAAGAAACCAGUUGCCCUAAAGACAAGCAGAGGUGCACUUUCAGAGAUUACCAACAAUACCAUCAUCACCAAUGCCAAGACUGGAAAAUCUAUUUUAACUACACAACCAACCAAUGUUAUCUCAAGAAUUACCAGAUCAAAGUCAGAGAUCAACGGUAUUCCAAGACAAAAUCCAAUUUUGACAUCCUCCAAUGUGAUGAUCCAACCACACAAGAUCCAAAAGACCGACCAACCCAAGGAAGUCAUGAUGCCAGACCAAUUCGAUGAUGAAGAGAUGAUCGUCGAUGAAGACGUUCCAAUGGAGCAAGAGCAACCAGAGAAUAUCGAUCUAUACGAUGCUCAUGAUCCACAAUGUGUUGGUGAAUAUGUUAACGAUAUCUUUGAAUACUAUCGCCAAAAAGAAAUUGUUGAUAAAGUUAAUUCAAAUUAUUUGAAAGAGCAAUAUAAUAUCAAUGAUAAGAUGAGAGCCAUCUUGGUAGAUUGGAUGAUGGCCGUCCACGUCCGUUUCAAAAUGUUGUCCGAGACUUUCUUUUUGUCUGUCAAUAUCGUCGAUCGUUAUUUGUCUGCCGUGCCAAUUCCCAUUAACAAGCUGCAGCUUGUUGGUAUCACCUCGAUGUUGCUCGCUGCCAAGUACGAAGAGAUCUACUCGCCAGAGAUCAAAGACUUUAUUGUCACCUCUGACAAUGCCUGUACUCACGAUGAAGUGUUGUCAAUGGAACGUUCGAUCCUCUCGACCUUGAAGUUCCACAUGUCCACCUGUACACCACUGCACUUUUUGCGACGUUUCUCCAAGGCCGCCGGCAGUGACUCUCGUACUCACUCGCUCUCCAAGUAUCUCACUGAGAUCUCGACUCUCGACUACAAGUUGCUCAAGUAUGUGCCAUCGAUGAUUGCCGCCGCCUCGAUCUACGUCGCCCGAAGAAUGACCAUGAGAAAUGGUCCCUUCUGGAACAUCACUCUCGAACACUACACCUGCUACAAAGAGGCCGACAUCAUGCAAUGUGCAUUGGAAAUCAACGAUGUCCGUAAGCGUGAAGAGAACACCUCUCUCAAGGCCACCAAGAAGAAAUAUCUUUCACCCAAGUUGAUGGAGGUAGCUGCAAUUCCACCAGUUGACUUUUAA